AUGGUGAAAUCGUCCAGCCUAUCUGUAAGCUCGCUCGAUCAGCCGUAUCGACGGUCCGUGUCGUUCGAUCUCGGAGACGACGACGAGCCCGCGGGCUGCGUCCGAAGCGCGUCGAACCCCUCGCUGCUGCACGUAAGGGGCGGAACCGGCGCAGACGCGGGAAGGGCGGGGGGAAAGGGGGGGAUUGCGGGACGCCCCGAGGACGAUGUGGGGGAUGAUAGUUCCAGUAUAGACAGUCUCGAUUGGGAAGGGGAGGAGGAGGACGUGGGCGGAAGGGAGCAGGAGCAAGAGAAGCGCGGGCGGCUCUCUCACGCGGGGUUGACUCCGCGGGACUCCCCCGCGCAACCUUCCCUUCCGCGCAACCGCUUUCCGCAAGACCUCGGCGCGCCCCGCGCUGCUGGUUCCAGCCGCGGGGGUCCCGACGGCGCGACUGCGCCAGGCGGUGCGCGCGCCGCGCACCGGCGGUCGCUCUCCUCCCCCGCGCACGACCUUGCUCCGCUUCCCCUGAGUUCCGCGUCGGGGGAAGCGGUGGUGGCGGGAACAGUGCUGGCUCCACGUAGGCAGGCUAGGCACUCGGAUUACAGCGACGAGAGUGACAAUAGCGAGGGUGACGGUGCCGGGGAGGGGGGUCAGGGGCGGAUGGUAGGCGCGCGGGGCAGGUCCGCUGGUGCAGGUGCAUCAGCGGGGGGGAAAAGCAGGGGGGUGGCUGGUGAGGAGAGGGGAGACAGGGGAGGGCGAGUGGCGGGAAGGGGCGGGGCAAGGGGAGGAACGAUCAGCGACAGCGACCGGGGGGAGGGGCGAGGGCUCGAGCAGUCGGUUAGGCAUCCCGUGAAAGCGGGGGAAAGGCGAGGGGGAGGGGGGGUUGGCGGAGAAUCGGGAGAGGGGGACGUUGUGGGCCUGGCUGUUGGGGGCAGUGGGGGGGGCAUGGGGCAGCCGUUUGUGAUGCAGUUUAAGGUGGCUGGGGUGCUGAGUGGGGAGGAAGAUGAGGAGGAGGAUGAGGAGGGAGAGGACUUGAGUGAAUCAGAAAUUGAUAGAAGAGUGGGGAUACGGAGCACGGGGGAGAGAGCAGCGGGCGCGCAGGCAUGGGGAGGAGCGCCUGUGAAGGCAGCAGUGGGGCGGGGGGGGGGCGGGGAGAGGGGGCGCAGGGAGUGCAGCGCGCGCAGAGGGGUGGCGCGCGCGGGAGGAGCGGGCGCGGGUGCUGGCGAUGCUCCUGGUGCUGCCAGUGCUGCGAGUGCUGGUGAUGCUGGUGGGUUUUGCAGUGAUCUCAGUGACAGCGAGUCGGAGGAGGAGGAGGAGCUGCGACAGCUGGCACGGGAACGGCAGCGGCUGCUGCAGGCAAAGCUCGGGCAGCAGAAACUCACGGCUUUGCACGAGAACGGGCUGCCCGAGAAAAACGCAGGGGGUGGCCGGCAGGGAGUAGCAGCUAGGGAGAGGGACGGCGAGGGGACAGUGAGCGAGGGGAAAAGCGGGGCGAAAGUGACAAGUGUGGCAGGGGAGAGGGGGGCAGAGGAGGAUGAUGAUGGGCUGGAGAGAGAGUGGGAGUGGGAAUGGUCUCGAGUAAGGCAGAACCAGCGAGUCACUGAGCUUAAGGCUGCGCCGCAUGGGUUAUUUUUCAAGAGUGCUUCUGUUGGGGGUGCUACUGCUGUGGUCAGCAGACCAGCAAAGGGUGCGGCAGGGGCAGAGGCAGAGGGGGAGGAGGUGGAGGAGGAGGAUGAGGAGGAGUGGGAGGAGAGUCCUGAGCAUGCACCUAGGGCGCAUUCACUGCCUCGUGUGGGUGGGUCGGCGGAUCCCCGUCUUCUUGGGUUCGUGAAGUCGCAGUCUUUGUCCACUAGUGGCCGCCCGACCACUGCUGACUCAGCAGCGGUUACCAGACGAAGUCGGUAUCUGAGGGGAGCAGCAGAGGGGCAACAGCAGCAGCAGCAGCAGCAGCAGCAGCAGCAGCAGAGGCCCCCACCUUGGAGACAACCCCAUGGGAUGAGCAGAGAGAGGGAUGUGGGGGAGGGACAGGGGCGGGCAGUGGGGCGAGACGCGUGGAGAGACGGCGGGAGGGAUGUGGGGAGGGAGGUUGGGAGGGAGGGAGACCCAGGUGCAGCAGUGAGACAGGGAGUAACGCCAACAGCACGCAGAAGAUCAAUGGAAGGGGAAGGAAUAGCAGGGGGCGAGGGUGGGGGGAAGGGCUUACCUGUGCGGGCCCGUGCAGUGCAGCAGCUGCGAACAGGUGGAGGAGGGGAAGGGGUCAGGGGCGGGGGAGGGGGAGGAGGCGGGGGAGGCGGAAGGGGGAGGCACAGGAGGACGAGCUCUGAUCCACAGAUAGGGGCAGCGGUGCUGGCACGGAGAGGGGUGGGUGUGGGGAGGAGUGGGCUGGCUGGGAGCCGUGCAGGGGAGAGGGCAGGGGAGGGAAGCGGGCCAGGGAGAGAGAGUGGAGUGCAAGGGAGAACAAUGGGGUCUGAAGGGGUGGAUAAGGGUGGAGAGCGGCGAGGUCAGGACGGAAGAGCGAGAGUGGAGGGAUCAGCGGCAGUGGAAGGAGGGGGGUGUGAGUUGAAGGGGGAAGAGAUGGCUGCAUCUCAGGAGCCUGCUUUGGAAAGGGAGCUCACGUUCAGGCUCGGCUGA